GCUUUCUCAUGGAAACGUUUUAUCCACAAAAGCUUCACAUGAAGGAGACACAGAGAGUCGCUUUCGUUGCUUAACGUAUCAGAUUGAUUCGUUUCAUUUUUCUCCGUUCAGUGAGAGGAUCGAAAGCAGAGAAGAUGGGAGACACAAGUCAUCUGGAGAAGAUGGGAAGAGAACUCAAGUGCCCUAUUUGCUCGAGUCUAUUUAGUUUUGCAGCUUCACUAUCGUGCAACCAUGUGUUCUGCAAUGAAUGCAUAGUGAAGUCCAUGAAAAUUGAUGCUACUUGUCCGGUUUGUAAAAUCCCAUUCCAUCGUAGAGAGAUUCGAGGUGCUCCUCAUAUGGAUAGCUUGGUGAGCAUUUACAAGAACAUGGAAGAUGCUUCUGGUGUCAACAUUUUUGUUAGCCAGGAUAACCCAUUACCAUCAGAAAAAGAAAAGCAUGUUGGAGAUGCUUCCAUUGAAAAGGCAAAUGAUAAGAAUCAUCAGGGAUCUACUAAGGGCCGAACAUCCAAGAAGAGAGGGUGUAAAAAAAACAACGACAAAGAUCUAGAUGCCCCUGGACCUAUUGUUAUGAAACCUUCAUCCCAAACCAGGAAAAGGGUUCAGCUGCCGCAGAAUCAAUCUUCUAAAUGCUUAACAGAAUCUGUUGAGUCAGCUGAAAAACUCAAGGAUUACACUGAGAAAACUGUGAUUCGUUUGAAGGAGCAUACGAGUCUGAAUAAAGAAGAUAAUCUGGCACCUUUCUUUUGGUUGAGAGAUGAAGAUGAUGAUGAUGGGGAGAUCUUAAGUCAGCCAGCAGAAAGUGAUCCAUUUCUAGACGUUACACCUGUUGAUGUUCCUUCUUUCAGCGACUUGAAGGACUCAGAUCAUGAUAGCCCCUCGAAAGCAGUUGAGCAAGAAAGGUCCAAUCCAGGAGACAUGUUUGACAGUGAAAUGUUUGAAUGGACUCAAAGGCCUUCUUCUCCAGAGAUUCUACCUAGUCCUGUGAAGGCCAAGGCCCUAGGUAGAGGUGAGAGUGAUAUUACUCAAAGGAAUCUAUCUAAAGGAGCAUCAUCCAAUAAAAAACGCAAAGCAGGAACUGCAAGAAACACGGUUGCUAAACGGCGCGUUGGGAUUUCCAAGGAGGACUAUGUGGAACCGUCUGCAGUAGCAACUAUUAGUGAGAAAGAAGAGGCUGGUGGGACUUCUGGUACAUCUGCCAUGAAGGAUGAAAAUGUGAAAGCUAAACGGGCUACAAGAAACAAGGGCCAGACUUCACGAGUUCAGGCUGGUGUAAAUACACAUGUGGAAGCUGAGGUAAAGCAGGGGACAAAGAGGAAACGAUCUAGCGUUAAAGUCUCCCCGGAUCCCCCAGUUGCUGAAUCUAAUGAGCUGUCACUUGGAACAGAAGAUGUGGGAAAAGAGGAUCAGGAACGAGCCCAUGGUUCAGCUGAUACACAUCCUGAAAAACAAAGUCCCUCCGAGAAGUACUCUCUGAGAAAGAGAAGAAAAUCCAGUGCAUCUUCCUUACCAAAAUGUUCUUCUGGGAUAACUGAAAAAAAGACUUCAGAAAAGAGAUCAAAACUUGAUUCCUGUUCAGCUACACAACCGCGAGGCAAGAAAAUCCUUAGUGAAGAGUUAAAUCAAGUGGGAGAUAGACAAGAUUCAACUAACAAAAAGAAACCGUCUCUGGAUAAAGGCAUUGAUACCAUGCAAGUUUUAGAGAAAAGCUCAACGAUGAACAAGCCCUUACUUGGAGCUAAUGUACUUUUGCGACGAUGUGAUGGACCUCCAAUAGAAAAAUUCACAUGCGCCUUUUGUCAGUCUUCAGAAGACACAGAGGCAUCAGGAGAAAUGGCUCACUACCACAGAGGUGAACCUGUCUCUGCAGAUUUUAAUGAUGGGUCUAAGGUCAUACAUGUUCACAAAAACUGUGCUGAAUGGGCUCCAAAUGUAUACUUCAACAACCUUACGGCAGUCAACCUUGAUGCGGAGCUGACAAGAAGCCGGAGAAUAACUUGCAGCUUCUGUGGACUUAAAGGCGCAGCACUUGGUUGUUACAAUGCGCGUUGCAAGAGUAGCUUUCAUAUUACGUGUGCAAAACUGAAACCAGAAUGCAGAUGGGACAAUAAAAACUUUGUGAUGCUAUGCCCUUCGGAUGCAUCCUCUAAGUUGCCCUGUGAAGAGACUAGUCCAAAAGGAAGAAAACGGAAGUGUAGGCCAGAGCACUCUCAGCUUAAUCAAGUAUCUCAAAAACCUGACAUCACUGAGCUCCAGAGCAAGCCUUUUCACGGAUCAUCCAAGAAAUUGGUUCUAUGCUGUUCAGGACUUACAGAUGAAGAGAAGAGUGUGAUUUCGGAAUUUGCUGAACUGUCUGGAGUUACCAUCUUGAGAAAAUGGGAGCCAAGAGUUACACAUAUUAUUGCAUCAAUCAACGAAAGUGGAGCAUGCAAAAGGACCCUCAAAUUCAUGAUGGGGGUCUUGGAGGGGAAAUGGAUUCUAAGCAUUGAUUGGAUCAAGGCCUGUAUGAGAAACACAGAAUAUGUAACCGAGGAGCCAUAUGAGAUUUCCAUAGAUGUUCAUGGAACACGACAAGGACCUUAUAUUGGGAGACAAAGAGCUUUGAACAAGAAACCAAAACUGUUUAAUGGACUGAUGUUUUACAUAAUGGGAGAUUUUGAGCUUGCUUACAGAGGGUAUCUUCAAGAUAUGAUUGUGGCAGCAGGAGGAACAAUUCUGCGCAGGCGACCCAUUUCUAAUGAUGAUAGUGAAGCCUCAACGAUCAUAGUGUUUAGUGUUGAGCCAAGCAAGAAGAAAAGUCUGACAGAAAGAAGAUUUGAUGCUGAAGCCUUGGCUAAGUCUUCUAGAGCAAGAACUGCAAGCAGUUCAUGGGUCUUUGAUUCUAUUGCAGGUUGCCAAAUUCUAGACUUGAUAUAAUUAAAUUGUGAGACCACAUCUUUGGAUAUUUUAUUCAGUAUUAUUCGUCUCUGGAGAUGAAA